ACAACAACAACAAACUAAAUAGAUAACAAAAACACCAAAAACACACAAAAUAAAUAAAUACAAGCGCCCCCACCCCCCCCCCCAGGUAGAGAGGAGCAGCGGUACAGUACAGGAGCGGUACAGCGGCACAAUGGGCGAGGUACUGAGGGUCAAGCUGCAGGAGACAGGUACGCUGGUUCUGUACCACCAGGAGAACACCACAGUCUGUACCGCUGAUCCUGACGCCGCCACCUACAUCAGAGAGUGGGAGGCGUACUUACAGAAGCGGGAGCCAGGUGAGGUGAGGACGCGGGAAGUGACGUGCCAGACUGUCCCGAAGUAUUAUGUGGACAAGGCCAACCAGAAGAGUGCCGUGGAGAGAAAGGACACGGGCAGCUGGGCGACGCAGUGGGACAUGUUUGAUGAGUACGAGAAGCUCAAGAUGAAAGCUCGCCGCCCUUCCAGGCAAAGCGACCUCUCCCAACGCAGACGCUCACAAAUGAUCUCUCAACUCUACAUGGGCGAUCUUACUCCUUCUACAGCGAGGGGUGGAGGGAGAGAGACAGGAGGAGGAGGAGGGAGGGAGGCACUUGGCGGCGGUGGAGUGCGUGGGGUGGAGGUGGCGGGGCUGCUGCAGGCACUGUGGUGGGUGGAGAGGCAGCUGUCCUCCUCCAGUAACAUCAAACUUCUACAUGCCUUCACCAGCGGCCAGCACCAGGUCAAGGAGCGUCGCAAGCUGAGUUUGUCGUGCAACAGAGCCAGCGCCAGGUUGCUGUGGCGGUACGCAGCUCAGGGCACCAGCGGCAGGAGAGUCAACGCCCUCACCUUCUGCAAGACGUCCCCGUGGCUGGUGCUGGCUACCCACGGCCCCCUCUCCUUCACCACACAGGCGGAGGGGCUGCUGGUGGGCUGGAAUGUCAAGAAAAUUAAGCAACCCGAGCUGUGGAUCACCACGCCCCUGACCGUCACAGUGGUCUGCUCAUGUCCGUCCGCGCCUCAGCUGUGUUGCCUGGCGCUGCUGGACGGCACGCUGCUCGUCUACCAGCUGGACACUCCUCAACCUAAGCUUGUUUUAGACACCAGUGGCAGCGUGGACAAGCACGGGAUGCCGGUGUGGGCGGUGGAGUGGCGGGACUCUCAGGUAGUGAGCACCACGGCCACCAAGAAGACGCUCUCACCUGCAGGGGAAGGCACGCCCUCCUUCAGAAGACUCGUCAUUGAUCUCAAAACUCCGAACCAGCCCGGGUCUGAGAUCGCCUAUGUUCUGGUGUCUUCCUCUGAGGACGGGACAGUCAAGGAGUGGAUCUUCAUCAAGGGAAACCUGCUCUGCUGCACCACGCUGCUCAAUGUCCACCUCCCCAUUUGGCUCUCCGUCAAGAUUUCCGGGGGGCUCUCUGGUCUCAUGGGGGCGCGGCGCAGUGGGGAGGGCCUGGGGGGGCUGCCUAUCCCCCAGAGAGUCCCCGCUACCUCGCUACACUUUCGCCCCGGAGAUAAAACGACGUAUUUGGUGGGAACAGCGUCUGGUGAGGUGCUCUUGUGCCGUACCUUUGAGCGUGAGCGGGUGGGCGGCGUGUACGAGGGCCACACAGCACAGGUGACGCGGGUGGAGUGGCGUUUUGCAGGGGAGGACGCCAACUCUAUUUUCCUGUCCGCUGCUUUAGACGAUUCGAUCCGCGUGUGGUACAUUGACAAGCCUGCGCCCAUCGCUGUCCUCAGGCUGUGUGAGGAGGUGUCCGGCGGGUACCUGGACGCGUGCUGGUGUCCCUGGUACGGCAACCUGAUAGCGGGCGUGCACGGGGAGGGCGUGCACUUGUGGGACAUCUCGCUCUCCACACACACGCCUAUCCUGUCCAAACAUGUCCCUGGAGCCACGUGUGUCGCCUUUAGUCCUCACACCAGGAACGUGAUGGUGGGGGACAGUGAGGGGCAGGUGAGCGUGUUUCACCUGGAGGGGCUGGAGCUCUCCGCUAACGUGUUCCUUCGCUACUCCACUAAGAUCUCAAAGCUGGCUAAGAUUGGCGUGAUCCCCGUGGACGGACCCAGCUAGACACCCACCCACCCACGAUCCGCGUGUGUGUGUGUGUGUGUGUUCUCCUAUGUAGUUUCUCCUUUACCCAAGUAUAUAUUUUCGUAAAGCAUAACCCUGA